ACAUCACCUCCCCGGCGAUGCUGAUCUAAUCCAAACAUCCGGCGACGAUGGCCCCGUGAUGCCUUCGGUUGAUGGAGAAGCCACAGCCACCGAACGUGGAGCCGCCACUCACCCGGGGGGUGAUCUACAGAACCAUCUCAACAACGUCGAGCGAGAACAAGACGCCAGACAUCACCUCCCCGGCGAUGCUGAUCUAAUCCAAACAUCCGGCGACGAUGGCCCCGUGAUGCCUUCGGUUGAUGGAGAAGCCACAGCCACCGAACGUGGAGCCGCCACUCACCCGGGGGGUGAUCUACAGAACCAUCUCAACAACGUCGAGCGAGAAGAAGACGCCAGGCAUCACCUCCCCGGCGAUGCUGAUCUAAUCCAAACUUCCGGCGACGAUGGCUCCGUGAUUCCUGUGGCCGACGACGGUUGUGACUCUCACCACCGAGAUGACGCACAAAACCUCGAGGAGGUCCUCUACCACAUCGCGAUCGCCGAGUCCCUCGAGUACCAAGGCCUCCCUGCUCUCGUCGACUUCGAUGGGUUCCGGGGCUUCAAGCUGGACGACCACGACGAUGAGGAGGUGGCGAGACUGAUCGCACUGGAGUUGGGGCAAUCUUCGAACAACCCCCCGCCGCCCGCGCCGGACGCCCACUGCAGCAUCUGCAUGGAAGACAAGUACUCGUUCGAAUGCAUGGCCAUCAAGGGCUGCUCCCACACGUACUGCGCCUGCUGCGUGAGCCAGUACGUGGCAUCGAAGGUGGAGGCCAACGAGGCGCGGGUGGGCUGCCCUGACCCCAACUGCGAGACCGGGUUUCUGGAGCCCGAGAUGUGUCGGCUGAUACUGCCGGCGAAGGUGUUCGAUCGCUGGGGCUGCAGGCUGUGCGAGGAAGGGAUCCUCGGGUCGGCCAAGUUCUACUGCCCGUAUGGCGAUUGCUCGGCGCUGCUGAUAGACGACGGAGGAGAUGCAGUCGACCACUCGAAGUGCCCGCACUGCAUGAGGAUGUUCUGCGCGCAGUGCAGAGUGCCCUGGCAUUCGGGUUACUCGUGCAAGGACUACGAGACGCUGUGCCCGGAUAAGAAGAGCAGAGAUCUGAUGAAGCUGGCAACGAGGAAGAGGUGGCAGAGGUGUCCCAACUGUGGAUUCUUUGUGGAAAGGACCUCAGGUUGCAAUUACAUUAAGUGCAGAUGCAGGAAGACAUUCUGCUACAUAUGUGCAGGUCCUGUGGAUGAUAAAUCCCAUAGAUGUCCUAAAUGCAGGUUUCCUUCUGAGGAGAGAGUAUUCCUGGUGUAGCUGACAUUUUAAAGAUGUGUUCCUCGGCAAAACAAUCGCCACGGAAGUUUAAUUUCUUUUGCUAUUUAAGUUUCAUAUAGUGAUUCUUGCUGUAGUGUUUGAGAACAAGGACUUCCUUUAGGAAAGAUAUCAUGAUUAGAUCAUUUAUUAGGAAAUAUGAGUGCUAAAACUGAGAAUUGGCAUCAAGUUUAUCACUACUAUCAACAUCCAUGUUAUGUUCUGUGCUUUUGAA